AUGGAUUCUUGCUUUCAAGCUCCUACGGAGCCCAGUCGAGACGAGGUCCUGCAAGCCAGCACGGAUCGAUGGCGUCGAGUAUCAGGCUGGACACUGCUCUCCAAAAUGUACCAAGUUUCACUGCAAACAGGCACGAAUCGUAUUCAGUCGUGUCGAUCAUACUGGUGCAUCGGCGAAGGAAACUGCCAUUCCAACCAUUUAGAGCUGGAUGAGCGUCUUCUGUUUGGAAUUCCAACACCGACAAGCUGCAAAAUCGCUGGAACCAUUAUACAAGAGGGGCGAACUAUGAAUGUUCACGAAGACGGCUUCUCGGCGGAAGCACAUGCUCGUUGGGGCGGAGUCUCAGGGAGGACAGAUCAGUUACCGAGACAAUAUUGCUGCCUGCAUUCAAGAAGCUUCUCCUAUGGUGGAGUGCUGGCUCCAGGGGUUGGCUGGGAAGCGACCAUAUCUACGAUGCAGCGUAAUUACUAUUCACCGUGGUCUGUCAGCAAUGAUACCGCAUCGGGAUUUCUUGUACGUGCUGUAGCCAGGGACAGUGGCACACAUAUCAGUGUUACCUCAUCGGAGCAAGCAUUCGAAUACCUCUCUCGAUUCUGCCAACGGAAAAAGAUCCAGGAACAAUGUCUCAUGGGCUUAGCAACCAGUCUAAUGUUUCCCACUCAUAAUUUGACUGGUGUCCCUGUCAGACUGGUCUCCGCUGAAUCUCCAAUAUGGCAAAUGGAAGUUUCAGAUGAUGAAAAAAACGCCGACAUGGAAUUUACACGGACUGGUCCCGGUACUGUGUUUUACCUUUUUAACAGCGCAGUUCCGUGUGUAUUUUGCAGCCAGUGGUUGUUGCCGGGUAUCGAGCUGCUAGAAACUCUCCCUCGCAGACAGGUUGCCCCUGUUCUUAGUCAAUACUGUCCUUCACUGGCAACUUGGUGGACUGGAGCAAUUUUCAGUGGGAUACACGAAUACGUCUUUCGGAUGGCUAAGAAUGCUACCCCGCCGAUAAGCCACUCAUCAGCAUGGUGGACCCGUUCUUCCCAAUCGUUCCAUUGCUGCACGAUUUCAACCCCUUCGGAGAACAAGCAGAUACCCAGGUUCCAGGAGGCAUUGCUACUGUACCUAUUUGAACCUCUCUGGGAUCACGAAGGCCCUAUAUCACCGUGGCGGCCCAUUGGCACAAUUGGUCUGCGGGAUGCAAUGAUUCAGGUGCAGAUCCACUCCAAAUGCGGAUCGCGACAUUUCUUGAAAUACAAACACUGGUCGUGGUCGGAAGCUAGCGGAGAAUAUCAAGAUACAGGAUAUUCUUGUGGAAGUGAUGUUAUCGGGAAACAAAAUCUUGAUAUCACAAUCGGUUUGGCCGCUCCUAUUGAAAUGAACUAG